AUGCGUGGCUUCACCGUCCCCCUCACUCUCCUCGUCGCCUUCACCGGCUUCGCUCUAGCGCAGCAGACGAGCGCAGCAGCAACCGCCGUCCCUACCGCUAGCUCGUCCUCGUCCACUAAGCCAUGUGCAGCCCAAAACAUCGUCGACGCCUGCCUUGCCUCCAUGAAGCCCCAGCUCAACAAUUGCGGCGCGAACGACUGGAAAUGCCUCUGUGAUCAGAGCAUCAAUGUCCUGACAUGCUACAACAACUGCCCCGGACACCCUGACAGCUUCGGCGCCGAACAGACCAAACAGUCCUACUGCAAUGCCGCCGCGGCUUACUCCAGUGUGAGCUCUUCGACGGCCACCGCUACUACCACGACGACGUCUGCGACCAAGACGACGGAGACAGCGGCUGCCACGACCACUACUUCGUCUGGAUUCUCGCCGAGUGCGUCCAAGGGUGCGGCUGCGGGAUUGGCUGUUGAGGGCGGGGGUUUGUUGGCUGCUGUCUUCGCCGGGCUUAUUGUCUUGUAG